UUGCUCCUUCUCUCUAAUAUCAAAUCACAGGAUUCACAGCUGAUCAAACAAUAGGCAGAUCUGAAAAAGAAUUGAACAAACUAAACCGGUCUAACAAAAUAAGAGAAAGCAAUAUUUCAUAUAAUUUGGUUUUCCUUGCAGUAAAUUAAAUACUGGUGCAGUGGAUAAGGUUAUUAAAUAAUUCUGCUCACUUGUUUCCUGUCUUGCAAGUUGUUGUUCUGAUUCCAUAUGUCCAUGCCCAUGGCUCACACGAAGUCGAACCUUUCUGUCCUUCAGUGAAAAAGAAAUCCAGCAAAAGUGUAUACUCCAACUAUUUCUUUAUUUAGUUAAAAAUAUCAUUUUUAGGCAAAAGCUCAGAUCUUGUCUCUCUGUUCCAUUAUUAUUAGAUUAGUGUUGAUGUGACGUGUGGGAUUGGAGAGUUUCAUUGCGAUCUGCUGUGAUGGUUUGUUGAUAAAAAAAACUGCAUUCCAUGGCUUCCUGGGAAGUAUCAAGAACUCUGUACUUCGUAGUUGAAUUAAAGGAUGUAAACUGUGCUCUAGAAACAGAAUGGAGAGCAGAAACGUUAAAACAAUUGUGUGGUUUAGGAGGGAUUUGAGGAUUGAGGACAAUCCUGCUUUAGCCACUGCUGCCAGAGAUGGGAGUGUAUACCCAGUGUUUAUAUGGUGCCCCAAAGAAGAAGGACAAUUCUACCCUGGAAGAGUUUCAAGGUGGUGGCUCAAGCAGUCUCUCAUUCAUUUGGACCAGUCUUUGCAGUCCCUUGGAGCUGAAUUGGUGCUCAUCAGAGCUGAUAAUACCGUUGAUGCCCUCUUACAAUGCAUCACUUCUAUUCAAGCAACAAAAGUUGUCUAUAAUCAUCUCUAUGAUCCCAUUUCUGUUGUGCGUGAUCACAAAAUCAAACAAAGGUUAGAGGAGCUUGGUUAUUCUGUACAGAGCUAUAAUGCUGAGUUGUUGAAUGAACCGUGGGAAGUUUAUAACGAGGAUGGAAAGGUUUAUACCAAAUUUGAUGCAUUUUGGCAGAAAUGUUUGCACCAAACUAAGGAACAAUCUGUUUCACAUCUCCCUCCAUGGCGAUUAACACCAGCUCAAGGCUCAGUUAGGAAGUUCUCAAUUGAGGAAUUGGGCCUGGAAAAUGAAACAGAAAAGUCCAGUAAUGCCUUACUUGGAAGAGGAUGGUCACCUGGAUGGAGCAAUGCCGAUAAUGCACUAACCGAUUUCAUAGAACAUCACUUGUUAGACUACUCAAUGAAACGCCAUAGAGUUGGAGGCAAUACCACAUCUCUCCUGUCUCCUCAUCUCCAUUUCGGGGAGUUAAGCGUGAGAAAGGUUUACCAUAGUGUGCACAUGAAGCGUUUGGUUUGGGCGAAAGAAGGGAACUCAACAGGAAGAGACAGUGCAACUCUAUUCCUAAAAGCUAUUGGGCUUCGAGAGUAUUCCCGCUACAUAUGUUUUAACUUCCCAUUCCUACAUGAAAGGUCACUGCUGAGCAACCUGCAGUAUUUCCCAUGGAAUGCCGAUCAGACCCAUUUUAAGGCUUGGAGACAGGGUCGGACAGGAUAUCCUUUAGUUGAUGCGGGAAUGAGAGAGCUCUGGGCCACCGGAUGGAUCCAUAAUAAGAUAAGAGUUAUCGUUUCGAGUUUUUGUGUGAAAUUUCUACUUCUUCCAUGGCAAUGGGGGAUGAAGUAUUUUUGGGAUACACUACUUGAUGCAGACUUGGAAACUGAUGUUCUUGGGUGGCAGUAUAUAUCUGGCAGCUUACCAGAUGGGCAUGAACUUGAGCGCCUAGAUAGCCCAGAGGUCCAGGGGUUCAACUUUGAUACAGAGGGUGAAUAUGUGAGGCAAUGGCUGCCCGAGCUUGCAAGAAUGCCAACGGAGUGGAUUCAUCAUCCUUGGGAUGCACCUUCUAGUGUGCUCAGGGCUGCUGGUGUUGAACUAGGUUUGAACUAUCCCAAACCCAUAGUUGAUUUGGACGUAGCAAGGGAACGUCUGACCGAAGCUAUACUCACCAUGCGGGGAAAAAAUCCAAUUGGAGGUGCAGAUGAAGUUGUGUUUGAAAACUCCAAUUGUAAUGGAAAUUUGGUCAUUCCAAACGCUACUUGCCCCAGCAGUUCGUCUCGUGAUCAAAGAGUUCCAUCUCUUUAUAAUGGGCUUGUGAACAAAAAGAGAGCAAAUCCUACAGGAGAGGAGGAAAGGCAGGUGAAAGAAUAUUUUCAAAGCCAGAAGAAGAAUGAAGUUGAGGGGUCGAAAAUGGAUGAAGACUUGUACUCUACAGCAGAAUCUUCUUCAAUGAAGAAGCAGAAUACCACUGGUAGUAGCAGUAGACAUUCGUUUUCCGUUCCUGAAGCCAUUUCAAUUUCUUCCAGCAGAACAUCUUUUGAGGAUCACAAAUCCUAUGAGCUCAAACUUCAAAAGCUAAAGGAAUCGGAAGAUGAUGAUAUGUCAAGCAUAAAUGACUUGCAAGUUGCCGGACAGCCCAUUCACUCAUCAUGUCAAUUUAUCCUCCAGGCCAAAUUAUUUGCAGCCCAACAAUUGCCCCCUUUCGAGAAGUUAAUGCGUAGGGGUACAAAUGUCAACCUGUUAAGCAGUAACUUGUCGAAAUCUUGAAAGAAUUUAUAUUGGUCAUACUUGAUUAUUUCACUUAUAGAUUCGUUAUCAGUUUGACAAGACAUGUCGUCAACCCGUCACCCGUAUGACGAGACGCUUCGUCAACUUGUCACUUUCCUUACAAGUAGUUUUUGAUCGAAUCCAUCUCUUUGACUGAAGCGACGAAGAACGAAGGCUGAUCUCCUAUCCUCUUCCUCCAAAUUUGUGCUAAUGAUCAUAACUAGGCAGUGCUGACGAGUUGAAACUUCAUCCAUGUUGAUGUUGACGCUUCAGUUGACAAGGGUGACGACAAGUUUGUCUCUGUGGGUGUGACCGUAUCUUGCAAAAACUUUAAACAAAAUUUCGUUUGUAUAUUUAGAGUAAUAUCAUCAACUUCAGAAUGAUUGUUUGUUACUAUGUCAUUCGUAUCGAUGUCGUUUGUGUCAAUGUCAUUCGUGUCGACGUCAAUUGAAGUGUGUUUUUAUGUAUAGUUUUGGAGCUUGUGUUGUCAUGCUCUUGGAGCACAUACUUCUGUUGUAUAUUUCUUUAGUUUUGGCCAAAACAAUGAGGAGAAUCGGUGGUGUUUAUACUCAUGUUUAGCGUACAUGAAAACUCCACUUCUUCCCCUAAGAUUCUGUAAGCCCCCCGUCAAUUGUGUUUUGACGCUUUUGUAAGGCUUUAUUUGAUGUAUGUUAGGAUUUUGUCAUUGUCAAUU